UAGCUCAGUCUGGUCUCCCUAAGGGGCUGUCCUGGCUUAGAAUGUCUUUUAAAAUGCCGGUGAAGGGGGGUUACGGACGAGACAGGGUUGUGAAGGCUUGAAGAGUUUUUAAUGCUGAUUCCACCCCACACACGAGAAGUGGUAGCUUCCAGUUCCCAACAUGGCGGGAGGUUCCCCUUGAGUUAUUGUAUGGGCGUUAAGGAACUCUGUCUUGGUUUUUACGUUUUCUUCGGACAAUUGGUUGCGUUGAAGUCCACACCAUGAGCAAUAUCUACAUCCAGGAACCACCGACCAACGGGAAGGUUUUACUGAAAACAACAGCUGGAGAUAUUGACAUUGAACUAUGGUCCAAAGAAGCUCCCAAAGCAUGUCGGAACUUUAUUCAGCUCUGUAUGGAAGAUUAUUACGACAGUACAAUAUUUCACAGGGUUGUGCCUGAAUUUAUUGUGCAAGGAGGAGAUCCAACUGGUACUGGUUUAGGAGGAGAGUCAAUCUAUGGGGCCCCUUUCAAGGAUGAAUUCCACUCACGAUUGCGCUUCAAUCGUCGAGGACUGGUUGCCAUGGCAAAUGCUGGCCCUCAUGAUAAUGGCAGCCAGUUCUUCUUUACUUUGGGUCGUGCAGAUGAACUUAACAACAAACACACCAUCUUUGGAAAGGUUACAGGUGAUACCAUAUACAACAUGUUAAGACUUGCAGAGGUUGAAACCGACACAGAUGAAAGACCAGUCAAUCCACAUAAAAUAAAAGGCACAGAGGUUUUAUUUAAUCCUUUUGAUGACAUAAUUCCAAGAAGCAGCAAGAAGAUGAAGAAUGAGAAACCAGUGGAAGAAGUAAAGAAGGCAAAAUCCAAAGGCACCAAAAAUUUUAGCUUGCUUUCAUUUGGUGAAGAAGCUGAAGAAGAAGAAGUGGAAGUCAACAAAGUUAGUCAGAGUAUGAAAGGUAAAAGCAAAAGCAGUCAUGACUUACUGAAAGAUGAUCCACAUCUGAGCUCUGUUCCUGCCAUUGAAAGUGAAAAUACAAAUGAAACUGGUAACUCAGAUGAGGAGGAAAAGGAUGGAUACGAUAAUGAAGAUGAUGGUAUUGACAGUGAUGAAAAACAUAAAAUGAAAGAUCGCAUUAUGAAGAAGUUAAAGAAAGAUACCAGUCUAACUGCUAAAAAAGCAGCUAAAGAGGAGGAAGCAGAGAUGAAAAUUAGCCGCAGUGAGGAGCUACGGAAGGAAGUGCGCCAGUUGAAACGUGAACUGCUGGCAGCCAAGCAGAAGAAAAAAGAAAAUGCCUCCAGAGCAACGGAUAACAAAACCAAAGAGGAGGAAGCUGCCCCAAAUAGCAUCAUUGCAGAAUAUCUUGAAGAAAAAAAGAAAUACGAACAACUGAGGAAACAACAGCCAAAGAAAGGGUCUUCUCGUGAAGAUCAGACAUUGGCAUUACUAGACAAAUUCAAAUCAAAGCUAAACCAGGCAAUAGCAGAAACUCCUGAGAAAGAAGUAUCUGAACCUGAAGUGGAGGAUGAUGAAGGAUGGAUGUCACAUGUGCUCCAUUUUGAGGAUAAAACCAGAAAGGUAAAAGAUGCAAGUGUGCAAGAUGAAGACACUUUUGAAAUUUAUGAUCCUCGGAACCCUGUUAACAAGAGACGACGGGAGGAAAGCAAAAAGAUUCUGCGAGAAAAAAAGGCAAGGAGAUGAAAUGAAUGUCAAGCUAGCCAGAGCCAACUUGGAAAAUGACUGCACAAAUGUUCUGGCUCUGUAGUAGCUGGUGUCCCAAAAUAUAUCACUUACAAGGUGUGAAAAGGAAUCCGGUGUCUAAUUUGGAAACAGAGCUAUCUCUUUUGUUUUGUGAAUUCUGAUGUAAAAUAAGCAUGUGUUCUCAGCAAAGCCCUUUGAAGCAAUUUUUAGCAACUAAUGUUAAUAAACAGUGUAUUUCCCA